GUCAUGGGCCGCUACUCGGGCAAGACGUGCCGGCUGCUGUGCAUGCUGGUGCUCACGGCCGUGUUCUUCGUGGCCGAGCUGGUGUCGGGGUACCUGGGCAACUCCAUCGCGCUGCUGUCCGACUCGUUCAACAUGCUGUCCGACCUGGUGUCGCUGUGCGUGGGCCUGGGCUCAGGCUGGCUGGCGCGCCGCGCGCCCCGGGGCCCCGGCGCCUCCUACGGGCUGGCGCGCGCCGAGGUGGUGGGCGCGCUGGGCAACGCCGUCUUCCUGUCGGCGCUCUGCUUCACCAUCUUCGUGGAGGCCGUGCUGCGCCUCGCGCGCCCGGAGCGCAUCGACGAGCCCGGCCUGGUGCUGGUGGUCGGCGCGCUCGGACUGGCGGUCAACGUGCUCGGGCUGCUCGUCUUCCAGGACUGCGCCGCCGCCGCCGCGCGCCUCGCCCGCUGCGCCCGCUGCGCCCGCCGCCGCCGCCGCCGCCCGCCGCCCGCCCGUGCCCUGCCGCGUGCCGCGCCGCCCGCGGGCCCCCCGGCCUGCCCCGCAGACCUCGGCCUCCGGGCCGCCUCGGGGGCAGCGAAGCCGCAGGACGGCGCGACGGUGUUCGCAAAUGUAGCAGGUGAUUCCCUGAACACCCAGAAUGAGCCAGACGAGACUAUGAACAAGGAGAAGAAGUCUGAAGCAUUGAAUAUCAGAGGUGUUCUUUUGCAUGUGAUGGGAGAUGCCCUGGGGUCUGUGAUUGUUGUCAUCACGGCCAUCAUCUUCUAUGUCCUUCCCCUGAGCCACGACGUCCCGUGUAACUGGCAGUGUUACAUCGACCCCAGUCUGACCGUUGUCAUGGUCAUCAUUAUUUUGUCAUCUGCCUUCCCACUCAUCAAGGAGACUGCUGUCAUUCUGCUGCAGAUGGUCCCCAGGGGCAUCAACAUGGAAGAGCUCAUGGCGCAGCUCUCCGCCGUGCCUGGAAUUAGCAGCGUGCACGAAGUUCACAUCUGGGAACUCAUAAGUGGAAAGAUCAUCGCCACUCUGCACAUCAAGUGCCAGAAGGACAUGGGACAGCAGGAUGCCAGCAGGAAAAUUCGAGAAAUCUUCCACAACGCCGGCAUUCACAACGUGACCAUCCAGUUUGAAAGCGUGGACGCGAAGGAAGCCCUGGAGCAGAAGGACUUGCUGCUGCUCUGCAGUGCCCCUUGCGUCUCCCAGAGUUGCGCUAAGAAGCUGUGCUGUCCCCCCGGGGUGCUGCCGCUGGCCCACAUCAAUGGCUGUGCGCAGCAGAAUGGUGGGCCCCCAUCGGAGACCUACCGAAGCACGAGAGACAACGCGCAGCAAGUGACCAUUGAUGUGUCUUUGGAUGGCUGUCUGAGGGACCACAGACAAACUCUUAGCAAAACCCAGGACGAACAAUGUUAUGAAAACAGUACACACUUUUAGUCAGGUUCCCACAUAAGAUUGACUAUGUAGACAGGCACUUUGGAACCACCAGCAUGGCCUGUGGAAAGAGCGUUUUGGGCUGCGGGCUCUGACCAGCCUUGCAGCCUCGUGCUCUGUCGGCAGGGCUCGGCUGCUGGGGACGUUAGUGGAACGCAUCUGUUGACUCUCACUUCACCAAUAACCUGGUUCCAUUACGCAGGGUUGCUCACGAUGUUCUGUGACUGCAUUUUUUUUUUUUUUUUUUUGAGCAUGCAUUUUCAAAGCAAACCACUAGAAUCUAUGUGGAGGGCUGGGACUGUGGACAUAGGAUUCAAAGUAGUACUUGGGGUUUUUCUUUUGUUGUUGUUUUUCUUGUGCUGGGGAGUUGAAUCCAAGGUCUCAUGCAUGCUAAGUAAGUGCUCUAUUACUGAGCCAUGUCCCCAGCCGUUACAUUUAAACUGAUCAGAACUUCGGGCUGACUCUCAGAGGAGUUCAUAGACUAAAGAAUGUGGAAAAAACUGAAGUGUCAUCACAGCUGUGUUUUCUCCCUUUCCCCUUGAAGUUCCUACAAGAUGAGGGUUAGCUUCUUGUGGCACUGUGGAUCUUUCCUCUGAUUCAGUUUCAGAUAAAGACAAACUGAACACUUAUUAAAACAAAUGCCUAUCAAUCUAGAUGUUCUUAAGACAUUAGAGAAGGUAUAGAUAAGUUAGUGGGGUGGUGAGAAAGUGGGUUUUGACAAGAUCUUCCUUUUCUGAGGAGAGAAGAAGUCAGCAUUUACCUCCUGCUUGGAGCUAAGCUGCAGGACGGGUCUUCUGGAUGUUUACAUCUGUGGUUCUUUACGUGUGGAUGUGUGGGGACGUGGCUGCUUCUUUGAGUACGACACAGUGCUUAGUUGUGUCUUGGAGCAUCUCCAAGUGGGAUCAUUGUUGUUUUCGUUUUGAUGAUGAUUCGCUGGCCUAGAUGUCCUUAGCCUCUCCUUUUAUAUGAUCACACUGACCAUAGAGCAUUUGCCAGGGGAAAAUGACUCUUCCCAGGACAGGAGAACACUUGUCAUCGGGAGCUUGUUCCUGCCAAAUAAAUAAGCUAGACUGCCUUCUCUUUAAUUAAACCUACUUAAAGUAUUUUUUGUAGUUGCCAACCAGGUAGAAAAGUUGAUGUCUGAGAGAGAAAUAAUUAAUUUAGCUGCUGUUUCUCAUGUGUUUGGAAGAGCUCAGAAUUUUCUUUUAUGUCUCUGAUUCCUAUUUCUGAGUUCAAAUAAAUUUAUUAUAAUCUGAUUCAGACAAUGAACUAUAUUAGUGGUGCUUAGCACCUCACGUAUGUCUUUGUGUUUAAAUCAGAGUCUCAGAGGUAUGAGAAAAUGGCAGGGGUUACCUCACGAGGAGAGCUAGCAAGAAUGACUAAUGGUCCUCUCCUAGGCUGUCCAGUUUGAGUCCUAUAGAGAAACUGCUCAGGAGUCACAAGAAAUGCUGGAUGAUUACAGAAAUAGCAUCCGUGUUCUCAGCGCAAACGUCAUUUUACUAUCUUUGCGUGCAUGCUGGUACACCCCUGCAAUCCCAGCUACUCAGGAGGCUGAGGCAGGAGGAUCACUGGAGCUUAGGAGAAGAAGGCUAGCCUGGGAAAAUAAUGAGACCCUGUUUCAAGAACAUUUUUGUGUGUGUGUGUGUGUUAGACCUAAAUUUGAAGGGCUGAUAAGUAAGCAGGUAGGAUCAGUAGUAUGGGAAACUUUUUGUUCUUUGAUAGCUGACUGAGUUUAAAUUGAUCAUGGAUAAGUAAUUGAAAAAUGCCUAAAGCCUUUUUUAAACCUCUAUAAACUUAUCAUGUUAGAUUAUAUGCACUUUAUAAACUAGAAAGGAACACAGAGAGCCGGGUGUGGUGGUGCACUUUCUUUCUUUCUUUCUUUUUUUGUUUGUAUUUUCAAGGUAGGUCUGGAACUCAGGAGGCUGAAAUAGGAGGGUUGCCAUGAGUUUGAGACCAGCCUGACUACAGUGUGAGUUCUAGGUCAGUCUGAUCUAGAGUGAAAUCCUGCUUCAAAACACACACACGAGAGAGGGAAAGAGGGAGAGCACAUAGAAGACAACGUUUCUGCUUAAGUGUUAAAAGUGUGAUGUGCUCAUAUAAACUGGAGUAUUCCUUAAGAAACUCACCAUAGCGAUGCGUGAGCCAAAUUGUUCUUCAUAAAUAACUGAGCUGCCUUUGCUGGAGCCACAAAAGAAUUUUAUCCCUAACUUCCAAAUCUGAAUCCACAUUAUUCUUCUAUUAUUAAAAGGAAAGUAUAAUUUCACCGCUUUUCUGCUACUGCCUAAAGGAAUGUAUUUUAGUUCACAUCUGAAUAAUAUUCUUUGAUCUCUAAAGUAUUUUUUCUGUAAAGGCAAAGGCACUUAAUUCCAACAUAAUUAAACCUAGCCUCAGAAAACUUGAUUGAUGCUCACAUACCAAGUUAUAGACAAGUGUUAAUAUAAAAUAAUACCUUUAGAGACAGUGGCUGAAUGCAUUUAAUAAUGAAGUGGAGGAGGUGCAAUAUUUUUGGGCAGGGUAGACGAGUUUUGUUUGCCACCUGCAGCGCUGGGCGCCUGCUCUGUUGCAUUUCCCUUAGGUUUCCCUUGCCUUUGCUGCUCUCACCUUUUCCUCCCUAAAAGAAACACAAGUUACAUUUCCCUCUGGAUCAGCCACGCAUGGUUCUAGCAGCAUCUGAAGAACAAGAUAUUAAAACUGCAGGCUGUCCUUGAGUUCACCAAAGCACUGCUACCCACCUGCUUUGUGUUCAUGUGUCCUUCCAGAAAAUGCCCGCCUUUCUUUCUCCGAAGCAGUACUGGUCUCUCCGUCUCCCUUCCUCCCUCCAUCUUUCCCUCUCUCCCUCCCUCUUUUCCUCCCUCCCUCCCUCCCUCUCUC